AUGGUUUUCUUUUCUCAGAUUCUGGAUAAAUGGUUGGUUGGCAAGAAAUCAUCCGAUUCAGCAUUAUAUUCAGAAAAAUGGCAACAAGAAUUCACAUCACGACCAACAUGGUGUGAUGCGGAUAUGACAUUACAACAGAUAAAUCAGGGUAUAGCAACGGGUAAUCGCUUAGCACUCUAUUUACGUUCCUUUUUUCAAUCAUUACUUUUUACAUUGGGUUCAUUUGUACAAAACUGGGCCUGGUCUGUUGUCAUUGUUGGUUUAAGUGUUUAUUUGAUUUGCGCCUUAGGACUUCAAUAUGUGCAUAUCGAAACUGAUUUAAUCAAAUUAUGGGUGUCACAAGGCGGACGCUUAGAUGAAGAAUUGCAUUUUCUUCAACGCAUGCAAGAAAAUAGUAAGUACGGUGUAGUUCGUGAAAAACGUUUAGCCGAUUUUGAAAAUUCAAAUAUUCAUAAAUCUUUCGUUUCCAUAAAAUCGACGAAUGAUAGAAAAGAUGAAAAAAGCGUUGAUGCGGAUCUACAAAAUGCAUUUGAUAAUCGAUUUCAGGUUGUAAUACAAACACCCGCAGUGAAAGGAACGAAUGCUUUAACCAAAGAAUCGUUACUUAAACAUGUUCAAAUUAUGGAAGAAAUUGCUAAUUUUCGGGUGGAAAUGUAUGGCGAAAACUGGACAUUAGCCGACAUAUGCUUCAAACCACCGUCACCAAAAUUAUCUCGUGGACCAUUUGCAAAUGUAAUGUCCAAAUUGCUGGAUCGUUUGAUUCCAUGCAUUUGGAUUACACCUAUUGAUUGCUUCUGGGAAGGCUCGAAACCACUGGGACCGUCACCACCGCUUACUUUAGGGCCUGAUAUACAUGCCUUUAUCACUUCCUUACCAAAAGGUAAUAUAACGUGGAAAAAUUUGGAUCCUUCAGCAGUGCUAAAAGAAGUUUCAAUGCUUUUCGAUCUCGGAACAAUCUUCAAUUUCUUUGAAAGAGCUGGAAUAGGAGCUGCUUAUUUGGACCGUUGGUGUAUUGACCCGUUAGAUCCUGAAUGUCCAUCUACAGCACCAAAUACUUUCGAUCAUUGUUUAGCUUUUAAGAAAUUCCAAGCUUGGAAUAUGGCGAUGCCGAAAAGUAAGCAGAUCGAACUGGAAUCAGAAACAAUAUCGACGUCUAAGUCGGAACCAGAAGAUGCUACAUUACAAAUUCUUGACGAUAUUUUUGGUAAAAAAAGACGUAAACGAGAAGUAGCAUCCUCAACAAUGAAACCAAAUGCGAAAAAUUAUACAGAAGAUAAAAGCUCUGAUUAUUAUGCAUAUGAUGAUGAUGAUUAUGCUAAAGAGAAAAUUACUGGAGAAGAACAAUGUUUGGGUUACCGUAAAAGUUUCUUGAAAUGGAUGGGUAAGAAUGAACAUCGAUGGAGCGAAUUUCUGACACUGGAAGAAAUGCCGGAGUAUCCAGAUUACGGAAAAAUAAUGACAGGUGGAUGUCGGGGAUUUGCUCGAAAUACAAUGAUAUGGCCGGAAGAUUUAAUAAUUGGUGGUAUCAAGCGACAAAAUCAUAAAUUAAUAAGUGCAGAAGCUUUCCAAAGUAUUUUCCUGGUUGCAUCUGGUAGUGAUAUCUUUUCACGUUAUAAGGCGCAAAAGAGGGAUUUGAAGCCAAAUUUAAAUAUUGACGCUUGGAAUCCAUACUACGCAUCUCAAGUUGUUUCAGCUUGGCAGCGAAACUUCACGCAGCACAUCUAUAAACAUCGUUGGAAUACAGAGAUUAACCGUCAGUUACAUCCGCUUUCAUCAACAUCUCUAGAGGAUAUGCUAAAGGAAUUCAGUCAAUUCAAAUUUUUGGUUAUCUUCAUGGGAUAUUUACUAAUGUUCGUUUAUGCGGGAUGGUCACAAUUAAACUGGGACGGUUGGUGGUUUGCAGUAAAUUCAUCAGUCGGUCUUAGUAUCCUUGGUGUCUUUUUGGUUACUUAUGCGAGUAUUUCCGGUCUUGGAGCAUCUGCAUAUAUCGGUAUUCAUUGUAACGCAGCUACAACACAGAUUGUACCCUUUUUGACGCUUGGAUUGGGCGUUGAUGAUAUGUUCUUAUUGCUGCAUAACUAUAAGGAUGUUCAUCAUACUAUUAAAAAUAACGAAAUUGGUAUACUAAUGAAGGAGACUGGUAUGAGUGUUGUUAUUACGUCAAUAAAUAAUAUUAUUGCAUUUAUGGCUGGCACACUUCUUCCUAUUCCAGCUCUGAAGUCGUUUUGUUCUCAGACAGCGAUUUUAUUGACAUUCAAUAUCGUCGCUAUCAUGAUAAUCUAUCCGGCCAUGAUUGCACUAGAUUUACGACGACGUCGUGCUAGCAGACGGGAUUUGGGUUGUUGUUAUAUGGGAAGUUCUGUAGACACCAAAAAGCUUAGAGUGGAAUCCUUAGAAUUAAAUAUGGGAAAACGAGUCGUGGGAAGUUUAUCGACAACUGGUCAUAUCUAUCCUGGUCCACCACCUUCUCUGCUGCUAAAGAAUGAUGAUGAUAAGAAGAGUCGGUAUACAUUAAGUGGAUUCUUGCAAUAUUAUUACAUCCCUUUCUUGACAAUGCCACUUACAAAGUUGAUGGUAAUCGUGACAUGCACAUCAAUGUUAUUAAUUAGCUGUCUUGGUCUUUAUCAAUCAAGCCUUGGAUUGGAAUUAUCUGAUGUUCUGCCAGAAGGAACAGCCCCAGCUGCAUUUUUGAGAGCACGAGAGAAGUACUUCAGUUUUUUUCCGAUGUUUGCUAUUUUAAAAGGCAAUGAAAUCAAUUUUGCAAAACAACAAGAACAAAUCGAGCAAUACCGCCUAGAUAUCGCAAAAUCAAGCUAUGUGAUCAAAGUGAACGGUCAUCCUAGUGAAGAGUAUUGGUUAUCGAUGAUGCGAACUUGGUUGAGUUCAAUUCAGAAGCAUUUAGAUAUUGCUAUCAAAAAAGGUGAUAUAAAUGCCGUUACCGGUGCGAUCAAGGCUGAUAUUAAGAUUACUGAUGAAGCAAAGGUUGCAAGACGUCUUGUUUGCUCGUACGGCAAUAACUAUAAUUGCACAGGACGAAUUAGCACCGUAAAAUUGGUAAAUGACGCUGGUGUGAUCAAUGCUGAUGGUUUUUAUAAUUAUUUGACUGCAUGGUACAAUGUUGAUAAUAUGAUGUAUUAUGUUUCCCAAGCUUCAUUUUACCCGGUACCUCCUUCAUGGACACUUACCUCGCAUGAAAAAGUCGUACCUCCAGCGCUACCACCAGCUUAUAGUCAAAUACCAUUCUAUCUUACCGAUUUGGUUGAUACACCAGUGAUUGUAAAGAUGAUACGAGAAAUUCGAAGUGUUUGUGACCGAUACACAGAAUUAGGAUUGCCGAAUUUCCCAAGCGGUAUUGCAUUCAUAUUCUGGGAGCAAUAUCUCAGUUUGAGAUGGAAUCUACUUAUUGCUAUUUGUGUAAUUACUAGUGCAGUGUUUGUUGUUAUAUCGGUAUUAGUUUUUAAUCCUUGGGCGGCUAUGAUGGUCGUCAUUGUGGUCAUUUCAAUGACUGUCGAACUGGCCGGUUUCAUGGGCGUUACCGGUGUUAAGCUUAAUCCGGUUAGCGCAGUUACACUAGUUGCUGCCGUUGGAAUCGGCGUGGAAUUUACAGUACAUGUUGUGCUAGUAUAUCUUACAUCGCUGGGCAGCAAAAAUGAAAGAAUGGCAGCUUGCUUGAAUCAUAUGUUUAUUCCUGUGAUACAUGGUGGAUUAUCUACUCUUUUAGGCAUAAUAAUGUUAGCGUUUUCGGAAUUUGAAUUUAUUGUGAAAUAUUUUUUCGUUGUGCUGUCGGCGCUCAUCCUAAUUGGUCUCAUCAAUGGACUUGUGCUUCUGCCAGUACUUUUGUCACUAUUUGGACCACCAUGUGAGGUUCGUUUGUUCGAUGAAAAAACUUAUUUACCAGUGCCAGCCUCACUUUGUAAGCAAAAAAAUCGUGAUUCAAGCGACCAACAAACUGAUGAUCUUGUGAAGAGACGGGUUGGCGGUGCAUUUGUUGAAAUGCAGGUAAAUGGAUGUAUGGGAACAGGCACUAAGAAUAAUUAUGCCCAUCAUAAUUCGACAUCAGCAGUCACUGAAGAUUUUUUACAUAAUGAUCGUUUCUACUGGAAUUCGUCUUUGUUGGAUAACAAGAAUGCAGGACGAAUAAAUGUACCAACUUCUGCUUUACCAGUUGGUCAGGAUCAUGAAGUUAAUGUCAAAAAUGCUUUUGCUAAAAUUCCGAUUAGUAUGGUUGGUCCACAACACUCAACUUCACCACUUCUUUCAUCAUCUAAUGCUACCUCCAGCAAUAGAAACGGCGGCAACAAUAAGCUGUUCAAAUUUUCGUCAAAUGCUCUUAGGUUUUAA